AUGACAGCCUCCUUUGGUAUCCGCCCGCGACGCGGUUUGUCGCUUUUGUGCGUCAUUUCUGCUGCAUUUACCUUCGGCGCCGUGAUUGUCAUUUGGUUUGGCAUGAACUCCGAUCGAGACUACAUCCACCCCGUCCUCACCCAAUUGAUCCCCGCCGGACACUGCGCCUGUGAAUCCUCUACCACCUUCCAAUGCUCGACCUGUCUCACCUGCCCGGAUCCGGCGUUGCAAGUCGACACCACCCCCGCCUGGACCUUCGAAUACGCCCGCGAUGCCCGCAAUGAGGCAUUGAACCAACGACAGUGCCAAUGGGCCUUUCCCGGGUUGUUCGAGGAUAUCGCGCGUGGUCGCAAAUUCUGGUCCACACACGGUCGCUUGUCGGCGACGGAAUUGGAUGCAAUCCCCAUCCAACAUGGAAUGGUGCGCGCCUUUGUCGCCAAUGGCCAGUUAUACGUGGUUACCGCAAGAUCGAAGGGCGAAGAUCACCGACGGAAAAUUCUGGGGACUUUGAGCUCUAUCCACCGUGCGCUGGCCGCCGACCCGGAACGGGCUUCCCGACGUGAUUUUGAAUUUGUCCUCUCGGUGGAAGAUAAGGUGGACGAUGUGACGAAAGCGGAAUGGCCCGUUUGGGUCUUCUCGCGGACUGCGACUGAAGAAGGGGUGUGGCUGAUGCCUGAUUUCAGCUUUUGGGCGUGGGACAAUCCGGAUAAUUACAUGGGGCCCUAUGAUCAGGUGGUGGAACGCAUCAAGAGAUUGGAUCUCCCGUGGGCAGAGAAGACGCCCCAGCUGGUUUGGCGGGGCAAGCCCAGUUUUGCGCCCAAGUUGCGACGUAUGUUGAUGGAGGCCGCGAGAGAUCAACCCUGGGGCGAUGUCAAGCAGGUGGAUUGGACCACCGGUUCGAAUGUCCUCAAGAUGGAGGAUCAUUGUAAAUAUAUGUUUAUUGCGCAUGUGGAAGGUCGCUCUUAUUCAGCCUCAUUGAAAUACCGACAAGCCUGCAAUUCGGUCAUCGUGGCACAUAAGCUUCAAUUCAUCCAACAUCACCACUACCUUCUCAUCGCCGACGGUCCCAACCAGAAUUAUGUCGAGGUCGAGCGUGAUUUCAGCGAUCUGGCAGAGAAGAUGGAGCCCCUGGUCAAUAACACCGAUGCUGCUCAACGCAUCGCCAACAACAGUGUGAGGACCUUCCGCCAACGGUACCUCACCCUCGCCGCCGAGGCUUGCUACUGGCGGUCACUGUUUGAUGGCUACGCCAGUGUUUGGAAUGGCACCGUCCAACAGAUGUCUGGAGAAGACAUCGAAAGAGGCCUUCGAUACGAAUCAUUUGCACUUCUGGAGAGCGCGAAGAUGUCGGAAUUCCUGGCCACUGACACUGAGAAGUGGCAGUCGUACUGA